CUCAAAGAGCGGUGCCAUAAACGUUCUAGAAAACUUAUUUUUGUGGAGCGGAAUUAGUCAGGUUCAAUUUGAACGCUUAUUUAGCCGAGUCAGAAACUGGAUUAGCAGGAUUCAAAACUGAUUCUCUUGGACGGAUGGCUGAUUCAGAAGCCAGCAAUGAAGCCACCUUUAGGGAUAUACCAUUUGAACAGGCUCCUGUCGAUGAAAUCCACUUAUGGUCAAUAUGUGAUGAUGUAGGCGCAAAAUGGAGAGACCUGGGUACAGUCUUAAAGCUUGAAUCAGCGUUCAUGGAUAAUAUUGAAACUGAUUUCAAAGAAUGCCGUGAAAAGGCAUGGAUAAUGCUUCGAAAGUGGAGACAAAAAAAUGGAAAAGAAGCAACAGUGGGAAUCCUUCGAAAUGCUCUUGUAAAGAUUGAAAGGAGAGACGUCGUCGAUAAACUGCUUGAAACGAAUAAAUGUUUGCGAUGUUCUAAGUUGGAGAAGGAACUCAAGGAUUUAAAAGCAGAAAGAGACACAUUAAAAAACAAAAUCUGCCAACUCGAGGGCAUGAGCGCAGACGACGAGCAGAAAAGGAUGGGCACAAAAACAAAGGAUGAGAUAAUCAAAGAUCUUGUGGAAGAAAAGAAAAUGAUGAAGAAACAGAUUGAAGGACUAAAAGCCAAGGAGGGGGAACUGAAAUUGAAGUUACAAGUUCAAACAAAUCCAGAGGAGCUGGAUCAGCUAAAGAUUCAAAUUUUUGACCUGUUGAAUCAAAUAGAGGAGCUCAACAGAAAAGAGAAAAGCUCUGAGUCAGAAUGCUAGAGGUUACAAGAGGAGCUCAAGAAGUGCAGCAAAU